CAUCUCAUCCCAUCUCUCUCUCUCUCUCUCUCUCUCUCGGACUCUCAGAUCUUACACGACCCACUUUCGAGCACCUGGAUCUUCCAUGGAGAGAGUGGAAACGGGGAACUCCUCGAAAUGGAUUCUGGAAGGCAUCGAGGUGGAUGACAUGGUUGAUGCGCCCUUCGACAGCUCCAGCAAGAGUGGUGUUCGUAACAGCAGUCCCACUUCCAAGGUGAGCGAUGAGGCAUUGUUCACCUGGAACUUGAGCAGCACGAGAAAGGGAAACGAAUUUCAGGGCAUGGCGUCCACGGCAUCUAGAAUGAGAAGGGCCGAGUCCGGCGCGAAGAGAGGGCUCAAGAGCUUGAGGUUCCUGGAGAGGACCGUCACAGGGAAGGAAGUGGACGCUUGGAAGUCCGUGGAGAAACGUUUCAACCAAUUCGCAGUCGAUGGGAGGAUCUCAAAAGACAAAUUCGGGACCUGCAUUGGAAUGGGAGAAUCCAAGGAAUUUGCGGGGGAGCUGUUUGAUGCAUUGGCGAGGCGCAGGAAGAUAUACUCGGAGAACGGGAUUACUCAGGAGGAAAUGAGGGUGUUUUGGGACGAUAUGAAUAACCGGGACAUAGAUUCACGGCUUCAAAUCUUCUUUGACAUGUGUGACAAAAAUGGCGAUGGUAAGCUCUCCGAGGAAGAGGUGAAGGAGGUAAUCAUAUUGAGCGCUUCAGCGAACAAGCUGUCAAACCUCAAGCAGCAAGCCGCAUCCUAUGCCGCACUGAUCAUGGAAGAGCUCGACCCUGACCAUCUCGGGUAUAUUGAAAUGUGGCAACUCGAGACUCUAUUGAGAGAGAUGGUGAGCUCUGAAGAAGCCAACAAGCUGGCCAAGAAAACCCACACUCUCACAAGGACCAUGAUUCCGAGACGAUAUAGGACUCCGAUCAGCAAAUUUCUGUCGAAAACCAUGGAAUUUCUCCAGGAGAACUGGAAGAGAGUGUGGGUCGUGUCACUUUGGUUAACCGCAAAUUUGAUCCUCUUUGUCUGGAAGUUCCAUCAAUACAAGAAGAGAGAGAUAUUUCAAGUCAUGGGUUACUGUGUUUGUUUUGCAAAGGGCGCGGCUGAGACACUCAAAUUCAACAUGGCUCUUAUUCUCUUCCCUGUGUGUAGAGGGACGCUCACGAAACUUAGAUCAACCGCCCUCAGUAGGAUGUUUCCUUUCGACGACAAUAUUAAUUUCCACAAGCUGAUAGCACUGGCAAUAGUAAUUGGGACGGCGAUACAUGCUAUUAUGCACGUUUCUUGUGAUUUCCUGAGACUAAUUUCGUGUCCUAAGCCAAAGUUUUAUAGGUAUGCGGGGCCUUAUUUCGAUUACAAGCAGCCGAGUUACUUGGAUCUAGUUGAGAGUAUUCCGGGAGUUACCGGGAUUAUAAUUACCGUUUUGAUGGCUUUCUCUUUCACGCUGGCCACGCAUUCAUUUAGAAGGAAUGUCAUCAAGUUGCCUUGGCCCUUCCACCAUCUGGCCGGGUUCAAUGCCUUCUGGUACGCUCACCAUCUGCUGUUCCUGGUCUAUGCUCUCCUGAUAGUGCACGGCUACUUCCUGUUUCUGAGUAGGCACUGGUACUCAAAAAGCACAUGGAUGUAUCUCUCUGGUCCUUUAUUACUCUAUGUUAGCGAGAGGAUUUUCACAGCUAUUGAUGAACGCAACCAUCGUGUUAAUGUUAUCAAGGCAACCAUAUACACAGGAAAUGUUUUGGCAUUGUACAUAAGCAAACCCCCAGGAUUCAAGUACAAAAGCGGAAUGUAUAUGUUUGUCAAGUGUCCAGAUAUUUCAACUUUUGAGUGGCAUCCUUUCUCCAUCACUUCUGCGCCAGGAGAUGACUAUUUGAGCGUCCACAUACGAACCUUGGGAGACUGGACCACGGAGCUAAAGAACAGAUUCGCGCAGGUUUGUGAGCCACCGAACAAACCAGCAGGAAGGGGAAGUCUAGUGAGACUUCAAACGAAGGCGGUCUCGGAUUAUGAUCACACAGAAGUCAGAUUUCCGAAAAUCCUCAUUAAGGGACCAUAUGGGGCCCCGGCUCAGAACUACAAAAAGUAUGACAUCCUUUUCCUCAUCGGUCUAGGGAUCGGGGCAACCCCGUUUAUCAGCAUUUUGAAGGACCUCCUCAACCAGAUCAAGCCGAAUGAAGAAAACGAUCCUGCACAAAGUAUACCAGGUGCGAAUAAGAAGGCACCAGAAAGAGCAUACUUUUAUUGGGUGACAAGGGAACAGGGCUCGUUUGAAUGGUUCAAAGGUGUGAUGGAUGAUAUCGCAGAGUAUGACCAUAAUCAUAUUAUAGAGAUGCACAACUAUUUGACGAGUGUAUACGAAGAAGGAGAUGCGCGGUCGGCGCUUAUCGCGAUGGUGCAGAAGCUGCAGCACGCUAAGAAUGGAGUGGAUGUCGUCUCAGAAAGCCGGAUAAGAACGCAUUUUGCAAGGCCUAAUUGGAGAAAGGUGUUCUCCCAAAUGGCUAGUGCUCAUCCUUCUUCUCGAAUAGGUGUUUUCUACUGUGGAAGUCCGACGCUUACUAAGCCAUUAAAGAAGCUUUGUCAAGAAUUCAGCCUAGACUCGUCGACCCGUUUCCAUUUUCACAAGGAAAACUUCUAGAGUAGGGAUCUAACAUUGUAAAAUUUUGGCAUCCAUCGCGAUGGUCUUUCCUAGCUAGAAACUCGUCCCCACAGAGUAUUUACACCGGGUCGGCUCCUGAGCUUCCCUGCUUGAUCACAGAAACCAGAGAUGAUCUAUGUUCGAGAUGCAGCAAAAGCUACAGCGUGGGAAAGAUUCCUGAUUCGGAGAUGCUGGCCGACCAGUUUCCUGGUGGCAAUGGUCGCCGAUCCGAGAUUACACAGUGAACAUAGUCCUUGUAUCAUGUGCCAUAGAAUAGAUAGUGAGUUUGUAAAUUGACUGUUUAUCCAGAGAAUGGUGUAUGCAUCAUUUAACCACA